ACGAGCUUGUAACGAACGGAGCUGGAUUUGAAAUGUUGCAGUAGGCAGUGUUGUCAGAGAGAAAGAAGGGCCAGACGGAGCUGUGUCGGAAAGAAAGUUGUGGAGUUUAUUUUAUUUAAUUUCAUAUUUUGCCGCAUAGGGAAUGGUUAUUUAUGAGGCACAUUAGAGGGACUUGUAGUAUAUCUGUGUUCCAAACGAUUUCAUUUUUGCUGUUAUUUCGAGUUUUGAUUCGAAUUCAGUGCAUUUCUAAACUGAAGAGAAAAACUAAUCCGGUAAACUAAGUCGCACGUACAUUUGUAAUUUAUUUAUUUUAAGUUUGGAAACCUAGUCAACACCUUAUCUAUUUUUUUUUUUUAAGUUUGUCGCUGGAUUUAUUUUAGUUGCAAGAUUACGUUAACGGAAGGGAGUUAUUUCUCUUCAAAAUGAGCGCAGCAAUUGCAAAGGUGGCGAAGCCGUCGUCACACGUUGAUCCUAAAUCUGCACCUCUGAAAGAGAUCCCUGAUAUUUUGGUGGAUCCUCGAACCAUGAAGAGGUACAUGAGGGGCCGAUUUCUUGGAAAAGGAGGAUUUGCUAAAUGUUACGAAAUCACAGAUAUGGACACUAAAGAGGUUUUCGCAGGGAAAGUAGUCCCAAAAUCCAUGCUUCUAAAAGCUCACCAGAAGGAGAAAAUGUCCAUGGAAAUCACUAUCCACAAGAGCCUUGAUAACCCGCAUGUAGUAGGAUUUCACGGCUUUUUCGAAGACGACGACUUUGUUUUCGUAGUUUUGGAGAUCUGCCGCCGGAGGUCUCUUUUGGAGCUGCACAAGAGGAGGAAGGCUGUGACUGAACCAGAGGCACGGUAUUACAUGAGACAGACCAUUCAGGGAUGCCAGUAUCUGCACAACAACAGAGUCAUCCACAGGGAUCUCAAACUGGGAAACCUCUUUCUGAAUGAUGACAUGGAAGUUAAGAUCGGUGACUUUGGGUUGGCUACUAAAAUUGAGUUUGAUGGUGAGAGGAAGAAGACACUGUGCGGGACCCCUAACUACAUUGCUCCAGAGGUGCUGUGCAAGAAGGGCCACAGCUUUGAGGUGGACAUCUGGUCACUGGGAUGCAUCCUAUACACUUUGCUGGUGGGUAAACCUCCCUUUGAGACGUCCUGCCUGAAGGAGACGUACAUCCGAAUCAAGAAAAAUGACUACACUGUCCCACGGCACAUCAGCCCAGUGGCAGCUUCCCUGAUUAAGAAGAUGCUGCAUGCUGACCCUUCCCUUCGGCCCACCAUCGGUGACCUGCUGACAGAUGAGUUUUUCACAUCUGGUUACAUCCCCCUGCGCCUGCCCACCACCUGUCUCACGGUGCCUCCUCGCUUCUCCAUCGCACCCAGCAGCCUGGAGGCCAGUCAGCGCCGACCCCUGACUGCUCUCAACAAAGGAACAGAGAGUCCCAUUGAGAAGAUGGGUAAGAUGGACCCGAAGGAGGAACCCCAAGUCAGGGAAGGAGCAGAGCCUGUGGAUUGCCAUUUGACUGACAUGAUCCAACAGCUCAACAGUGUUAAUGCUACCAAACCCUCAGAGAGGGCUCUCAUUCGGCAAGAGGAAGCUGAAGAUCCUGCCUGCAUUCCCAUUUUCUGGAUCAGCAAAUGGGUGGACUACUCUGAUAAAUACGGCCUGGGAUACCAGCUGUGUGACAACAGUGUGGGUGUUCUCUUCAAUGAUUCCACAAGGCUCAUUAUGUAUGACGACGGGGACAGCCUGCAGUAUAUUGACAAGAACACUGUAGAGUCCUAUAUGAGUGUGCGCUCCUACCCUUCCAUGCUCUCCAAGAAGAUCACUUUGCUGAAAUACUUCCGUAACUACAUGAGUGAGCACCUGCUGAAGGCUGGAGCCAACAUCACCCCGCGGGACGGCGAUGAGCUGGCGCGCCUGCCCUACCUUCGUAACUGGUUCCGCACCAAGAGCGCCAUCGUGCUUCACCUCAGCAAUGGCACAGUGCAGAUCAACUUCUUCCAGGAUCACACAAAACUGAUCCUGUGCCCUCUUAUGGCUGCGGUGACGUACAUUGACGAGAAGAGGGAGUUCCGCACCUACAAAAUGAGCAUGAUCGAGGAGUACGGCUGCUGCAAGGAGCUGGCCAGCCGCCUUCGCUACGCUCGCACCAUGCUGGAUAAACUGUUGGCUUGUAAAUCCAGUGGUUCUCGCUAGACCCUGGAAGAACCAUAUUGUGUCUGAUGCCUGAGCUCCUUGCAUGUCCUGUAAAUAUACACGUCAACCUCAGUUUUACUUGUUUUAUACCCCUACUGGUGUCUACAAUGUAACUGCUUGGCCAAAGGGUUCUUGCUCCCCCCGCUCCCCCUAAAAUGUCUUUAAAAUUAAUGUUUUAUGUAGGAAGCAAGUUUACAAUGCAGAACUUUGAUUUGCUCAGUGCACCACUGUAUUUGCGUAUUCUUGGUUCUAAGGGCAAAUGAACAAAUUUACUGUGCCAAUCAAGACAGUAGGGUGUGGAAUCUUAUCAUGUGUAAGCAUUUUGUUUGUGUGUGGAGUUAUAAUUGUUUUUAUUUUAAAUGUUGCUUUUGUCUUCUGUACAAAGCUCUUGUGUACAAAAUCCUGAAUAGAGAGAAUUGUAUGUUUACAAAAUGUGUUUUUAAAUUUUGAUAUAUCCCAAGUAAAUAAAGACCCUCUUGAACGUU